GUUUCCGCCAGCUGAUACCCUUGCCGGUAAAUUUUAAAUGCUACAGACACAAUCAAUUUGAUGGGGCAUUUUCCAAAAAAAUUUUCAUUUAUACUUUUAUAUUACCAGGUGGCGUGACUUAAAACCCUUCCGGUUCGUCAGGAAUGAAUAAAGUCUCUCUACCAGAGAAAAGAAUCAUGUUCUGCUGGCAGAGUAUCCCUGCUGAAUAUUGUGAUCCCAACUCUGGAUAUAACGAGAUCGAAGCUUUGAAUGAGAUUGGUCGAACUUCUCUCACCGAUACAACGAAGAAAUUUUGUUCAAAGCCUAAAUUAAGAGCGAAUGAUCUAAUUGAUGAACAUGAUAAUAAUUUGAACGAAUCUCAUAUUGUUUCAAUGUUGGAAAAUCUUGCCGAAGGUGGUAAGUCUAGUCAGAAAAGCUGCUUUUCGAAACAAACUCUUGCAAUAAUUAUCCCAUAUCGAAAUCGCUAUAUGCACUUAAUGGAUUUAUUAAGAAGAUUACAUAAACUAUUGUCUCGCCAGAAUUGUGAUUAUACUGUAUUUCUGGUAGAACAAGCUUUCGACGAAGUUUUUAAUAAAGGAAAAAUAAUGAAUGCGGCAACGAAGGAGAUUUUAAAGGAAGAAAAGUUUAACUGCUUUAUAUAUCAUGAUGUAGAUAUGCUGCCAAUAGAUGACAGAAACAUUUAUUCUUGUGGAAGUGAACCACGCCAUCUUUCACCUGCUCUUGACGAGAUGAGAUUUCAAUUGCCUUACUCUGGUCUUGUUGGAGGCGUUUUAGCCUUAAAUAGGCGUCAAUUAGAUCGAACAAAUGGAUUUUCAAAUGAAUAUUGGGGAUGGGGGGCAGAAGACGACGAUAUGCAUAGGAGGAUAAUGGCGUCAGGUUUUCGGAUAGAUAGACCUCAAUCGUCAUUUGGUAGAUAUAAGAUGGUUAAGCAUAAAAAACGUUUGAAGGCAAAGGGUCGUUUCAAGCUACUUAAAAAUUGGAUGAAUAGAUGGCAAAAGGAUGGUCUUAGUAAUAUUGUCGACUUGGGAUAUAAAAUUAUAAGUGUACGAAAACAACCACUUUUUACGAAUUUAACAAUUGAUAUCGGAUCACCACCAGACGAUCUUGAGGAAGAUAAUACAACAGCUCAAGGAUCUCCUGUAAGAUUUUUAGCAAUAUUCUUCUGUGUUUCAAUAAGUAUAUACACUUUCAAAGAAUUAUAG